GACCGGAUCCCCUCAGCCACUCACCCCUGCCUGCCUCUAUCCUCUUCCCCACUCACUCUCCCACAUUUCCCCCAUCCCGGCUCUCUCCCUCCAUUUUCUCGCCUCUGCCGGCCUGCGCCUCCUCCCUCCCCAAUCCACGUACCCUUUCCUGCCUCUCCCUUCCUGCCCUGCUUGCAACGCCGCUCGCUCCCUCCGUUCUUCCCAGGCUCUGCUCCCUCGACCCGGCUUGUGCAAUGGACUAGGCGUUGAGACACCCGAGGGGGCCUGGAUUCAGGGACUCUGGGAAGGAAGGGGUUAAGGGAUUCUUGGGCCCCGAGACUGGGAACAUAGACUGGAGAGGAGAGAGUGACAUCAAGUUUGGGAGAUGAAAAGGGGCGAGAUAGCCUGUACCAGGGUUUCAAGAAGAGAGGAGUGAGCGCCCCGAACUAUAGCGGAUGUCAAGUAAGCCCGCAGGGCAAGAAAGAGACCAGUAGACAGAGAGUGCCAAGGUGACAGAAAGAAGUUCGAGGCUUCUACCCAGAUGCUCAAAGGAGUAACAGAACCCGGAGCUCAAAGAUUCAAAGCACCCCAGACGUCUUGUCCUCCCUCUUUGCGGAGGCUGGGAUUUCUGGACCCAACAGCAGAGGGCGCUCCUCAAUAAUAGUACAUAGAUGCCCUGCUUUCUGACCUGGAGACCACCACUUCACACAUGUCACGGUUAGGGGCUCCGAAAGAGCGCCCACCAGAGACACUCACACCUCCCCCACCCUAUGGCCACCAGCCACAGACGGGGUCUGGAGAAUCUUCAGGAACCUCUGGGGACAAGGAUCAUCUAUACAGCACAGUAUGCAAGCCCCGGUCCCCAAAGCCGGCGGCGGCCCCUGUGGCUCCUCCAUUCUCCUCUUCCAGUGGCGUCUUGGGCAAUGGGCUCUGUGAGCUGGAUCGUUUGCUUCAGGAACUGAAUGCCACCCAGUUCAACAUCACAGAUGAAAUAAUGUCUCAGUUCCCAUCCAGCAAGAUGGCUGAAGGGGAAGAGAAGGAGGACCAAGCUGAAGACAAGAACACACCCACUGUCCCUCCCAGCCCAUUCCCUGCCCCCUCGAAGCCUUCAGCCACCUCAGCCACUCUGGAGUUGGACAGACUGAUGGCAUCACUCUCUGACUUUCGGGUCCAGAACCAGCUUCCAGCCUCAGGGCCAUCUCAGCCGCCAGCGGUGAGCCCCACCCAAGAGGGCUGCCCUUCUCCACCGGGGCAGACCAGCAAGGGCAGUCUGGACACCAUGCUGGGUCUGCUGCAGUCCGAUCUCAGCCGCCGUGGUGUUCCCACCCAGGCCAAAGGACUCUGUGGCUCCUGCAAUAAACCCAUUGCUGGGCAAGUGGUUACGGCUCUGGGCAGAGCCUGGCACCCUGAGCACUUCCUCUGCAGCGGCUGUUCCACCACCCUGGGAGGCAGCAGCUUCUUCGAGAAGGACGGGGCUCCCUUUUGCCCCGAGUGCUACUUUGAGCGCUUCUCCCCACGUUGUGGCUUCUGCAACCAACCCAUCCGACACAAAAUGGUGACCGCCUUGGGCACCCACUGGCACCCAGAACAUUUCUGCUGCGUCAGCUGCGGGGAGCCCUUCGGAGAAGAGGGUUUCCACGAGCGGGAGGGCCGCCCCUACUGCCGCCGGGACUUCCUGCAGCUCUUCGCCCCGCGCUGCCAGGGCUGCCAAGGCCCCAUUCUGGAUAACUACAUCUCGGCACUCAGCGCGCUCUGGCACCCAGAUUGCUUCGUCUGCAGGGAAUGCCUGGCGCCCUUCUCCGGAGGCAGCUUUUUUGAGCACGAGGGGCGCCCGCUGUGUGAGAACCAUUUCCAUGCCCAGCGUGGUUCGCUAUGUGCCACGUGUGGCCUCCCAGUGACUGGCCGCUGUGUGUCUGCUCUGGGCCGCCGCUUCCAUCCGGAUCACUUCACCUGCACCUUCUGCCUGCGCCCACUCACCAAAGGCUCCUUCCAGGAGCGUGCCAGCAAGCCUUACUGCCAGCCUUGCUUCCUGAAGCUCUUCGGCUGACCUCCUUUUGGGAUUAUGGAUCUCCAAAAACCCAAUUGUGAAAAAGACCGAGUCCUCCAGAUCCCUAGCCCUGGAGCCACCCAGACAUCCCUUGCCCCUCCCCCGACUCCCAUCUCCACAGGAGAGCCCUACUCCUAAGGUACUCUAGGUUUGUCAGGUUCAGAAAGGGACCCACACUCCUAAAACACCCAGUAGCCGGGAAUUCAGACCUCACUCUGACCUGAUCCAGUUCUUGUAAUUCCAACCAUUCAGAGGCCAGGAUGUCCCAAUUUCCCCCACCGCUCACCAUUCUGUACACUUUUUUUCUACAAACAUAAAAACACGCUCCACAUCUCACGG